UGAAAAUAGAUGUGGGGGAGCCCACAGUGGCAAAGACAAAUCGACACCGGCAAUAAAAGCCCGUUUUAUUCUCAAGCACGUAAAGACACGGUGGGGCCACCGUUGCGUGACGUUUGGCUUCGUCGCUGCAUUGUUUCCUUUCCCCAUUAAUUAAGCACUUAGUAACAGUCUAAUUCCACCCCUAACAAAAUGCACUAGUUUGUUUUAUCCACUCACUCAGCCACACAGGGACGAAACGAAACGAAACGAAACGAUCCAUAACGAUGAUGAUGCACACUGUGCAGUGCGCACGCUCACUUCGCUAAUUAACACUAAUCGUUACUUAAAUCAGUUACAACGAGUCAUCGGAACAAGUGCCAGUGCGCCAGAUCUCGAUCUCGAUCUCGAUGCAGUGGCGGUUGCUGCUUUUGUUGCUUUUGGAGCUAACGGCUCGCGCAAUGCCGUAUCCGAUCACUUUUUCCGCGCGCCUCGUUCACCGCUUCGCCGACGAAAUGAAACCGGUUCGGCCUCCGACCGGCUACUGGCCGGACCAGCGGAGCAUGCGCUACUACCAGAUGCUUCUCACCGGCGACAUUCUCCGGCGCAAGAUCAAAGUCGGAGGCACACGCUACCAGCUACUGUUUCCUUCUCACGGCAGCAAAACGAUGUCGCUCGGCAACGACUUCGGCUGGUUACAUUACACGUGGAUUGAUAUAGGAACACCGAGUACUUCGUUUCUCGUGGCGUUGGACGCAGGGAGUGAUCUUCUUUGGAUUCCGUGUGAUUGCGUACAGUGCGCUCCAUUGUCAUCGAGCUACUAUUCCAAUCUGGAUAGAGACCUGAAUGAGUAUAGUCCGUCUCGGUCGCUAUCCAGUAAGCAUCUAUCUUGCAGUCAUCAGUUGUGUGAUAAGGGUUCCAAUUGUAAAAGUUCCCAGCAGCAGUGUCCAUACAUGGUCAGUUACUUGUCGGAGAACACGUCGAGUUCUGGAUUGUUAGUUGAGGACAUACUGCAUCUUCAGUCAGGCGGCACUUUAUCAAACUCAUCUGUUCAGGCUCCAGUUGUUCUUGGGUGUGGUAUGAAGCAAAGUGGUGGUUAUUUGGAUGGGGUUGCUCCAGAUGGCCUAUUAGGUUUGGGGCCUGGGGAGAGUUCAGUUCCAAGUUUUCUUGCUAAAUCAGGAUUAAUCCACUAUUCUUUUUCAUUGUGCUUUAAUGAAGAUGAUUCUGGUAGAAUGUUUUUUGGGGACCAGGGACCAACCAGCCAACAGUCUACUUCAUUCUUGCCUUUGGAUGGAUUAUAUUCAAUCUACAUUAUUGGAGUGGAGUCAUGUUGUAUUGGGAAUUCUUGUCUUAAAAUGACAAGUUUUAAAGCACAGGUGGAUAGUGGGACGUCAUUUACAUUUCUUCCUGGCCAUGUGUAUGGAGCAAUAACUGAGGAGUUUGAUCAACAAGUAAAUGGUUCAAGAUCUAGCUUUGAAGGAUCUCCUUGGGAGUAUUGUUAUGUUCCCAGUUCGCAAGACUUGCCAAAAGUUCCCAGCUUUACUCUCAUGUUCCAACACAAUAACAGUUUUGUGGUCUAUGAUCCCGUGUUUGUAUUCUAUGGCAAUGAGGGAGUCAUUGGAUUUUGUUUAGCCAUAUUGCCAACUGAAGGAGAUAUGGGAACAAUUGGACAGAACUUCAUGACAGGAUACCGUUUGGUAUUUGAUAGGGGAAACAAGAAGCUAGCAUGGUCACGCUCAAAUUGUCAGGAUCUGAGUCUAGGCAAGAGGAUGCCCCUUUCUCCAAAUGAGACUUCAUCAAACCCAUUGCCUACAGAUGAGCAACAAAGAACGAAUGGGCAUGCAGUUGCUCCAGCUGUUGCUGGAAGAGCUCCCCACAAACCUUCGGCUGCUUCAUCUCGGAUGAUUUCAUCGUGCCGGGUACAUUGGCACUGCUAUUUGUUUCUUCUACUUCUACUUGUGUCUGCCCUUUACUGAGACAGACGUGUUCUUAUUCUUAUGUAUGUCAACUAGCCUGUCUAGAUAGCGUUACAUGUAUAUCCAAAUCUGUAUCCAUCUUGUCCUCCUCCUAGCUUUGUAAGUAUUUUAGAUCUUACACCAUCCGAUGCUGUUAUUUUUUUUAACAUUGCCAGCACGUUAGAUUACUAACAUGUACUGGGCCAUUAUCUGUUAACCCCGCUUUUGGUCUGGUAGGUUAUGUAAAUUAAUAUGCCUGGUGUUAUCCAUUGACUGCGUUGUAGUUUAAUUCAUUUUUUCAGUCAACUAAUUUAUGUAACUUUGUUGAUUUUGUUUGAAAUUCUAGGGGACUGUGAAAUA